AAUUAACUCAUUGUCAGUUGGAAUCUGGAACUCGUUGACAACGCAUUGCGAUGAAGCAUUAUAAUAUUUUACUCCUAAUUUUUAUUGCAUUGUGGCAACCUACAACGCAACAUUUUUUUUUAAAUAAAUUUUACAGAAACUAUCAAAGAGAACCGCGCAUUCAAAACGAAUUACACAGCGCGAAAUACAAAUAUGAGAUUAAAACAAUUGAUAUGCCAGUGGAUCACUUUAGUUUUUCAGUAUUAGAUACAUUUAAAUUACGGUAUCUUAUAAAUAACACUUGGCAAAAAACAGAUAAGGCACCAAUAUUCUUUUAUACUGGAAAUGAAGGUAAUAUAGAAACUUUUGCACAAAAUGUGGGUUUUAUGUGGGAGAUAGCACCAGAAUUUGGAGCUUUAUUAAUUUUUGCUGAACAUCGUUAUUAUGGAGAAUCUAUGCCUUAUAGCAAUAAUUCUAAUGUAAAUUUAAGUCACUUAGGAUAUUUAACAAGUGAACAAGCCCUUGCAGACUAUGUUGAUUUAAUUCAAUAUUUGAGAUCUAAACCAGGAUAUGAAAAUAGUCCUGUUAUAGUUUUUGGUGGUUCAUAUGGUGGUAUGCUUAGUGCAUGGAUACGCAUGAAAUAUCCUCAUAUUGUACAAGGAGCAAUUGCAUCUUCAGCUCCAAUACUUCAAUUUAGUGGAGUUACAGAUUGUGAAAAUUUUGUACGCAUAGUUACCUCAGAUUUUCAGAAAGCUCAUAAAAAUUGUCCAAAACUUAUUCGUAAAUCAUGGAAUACUAUUAUCAAUAUAACAUCAAGUGACAAAGGAAAAAUGUGGUUGUCAGAUAAUUGGAAAUUAUGUCAGCCACUAAAAAAUGAAAGUGAUGUCAAGCAAUUAAUAUCUUAUUUGGAAGAUAUUUAUACAAAUCUUGCUAUGGUAAAUUACCCAUACAAAGCUAAUUUUUUGGCACCAUUACCUGCUUAUCCUGUUAAUGCUGUAUGCAAACACUUAACAAAUGAGUCACUUAUAGAUACUGAAUUAUUAACAGCAAUAAAUAAAGCAAUCAAUAUAUUCACCAAUUAUACAAGUCAAACAAAAUGUUUAAAUUUAAAUGAUUCUACACCCCAAUUAGAUGCUAUUGAGUGGCCUUAUCAAGCUUGCACAGAAAUGGUAAUGCCAAUAUGUUCAGAUGGAGUGAAUGAUAUGUUUGAACCACAUUCAUGGAAUAUGGAUGAAUAUAGCAAAGACUGUAUGAAACAAUUUUCAGUAAAACCACAACCAAAUAUAGUAUGCAAGCGAUAUGGAUGUAAAGAUUUAUCAACUGCAACAAAUAUUGUUUUUAGUAAUGGUUUAAUGGAUCCAUGGUCUAGUGGUGGAGUAUUACGAAACUUAUCUUCUUCAGCAAUAGCAAUAAUAAUUCCAGAAAGUGCCCAUCAUCUUGAUUUAAGAAGUAGUAAUCCUAAUGAUCCAUAUAGUGUUAUUGUAACACGAAAAUAUCAUCGUUUCUUUAUCAAAAAAUGGAUUCAAGAAUACCAUAAUAAAAAUGAAAAUCAUUAA